AUGGCACACAGAUUGUCGAGAGGAGAAAAAGAAAAAUGGAUUCAGGAUCAGCAAAAACAGGUCAAACGACCACCAGUUAUAAUACCGGCUUCAAAUAACAAUGCUCUAAUUGAAAAACAUGAGCUGACUCUCAUUGGUAGAGUAACUAACCCGGCGAUUCAAAAGACAAAAGCCCUGGUGGACUUCUUCCUUAACCAUUGGAAUGUUGCGGGUCAGAUUACUGGUAAAGCUCUGGGUCCUUACCUGUUCCAGUUCAAGUUCGAGACUGAGAGAGACCUCCAGCUCAUCCUCUCAAAAGGCCCUUACCACUUCAAAAGAUGGAUGUUGAUCCUCCAGAGGUGGGAGCCAAUUGUCUCCGACAACUUCCCGGCUCUAAUCCCGUUCUGGAUCUCUGUUCACGGUAUACCGCUCCAUUACUGGACGGAGGAUGCGCUAAAAGCCAUUGGAAAGGAACUAGGACCAGUAGAGAAUUGGGAUGUUGAUAGAGGAAGAGUUCGGGUUUCCAUAAAUGGACUGAAACCUCUUGAGAUGAAACUUGAUAUCAGCUUACCUUCAGGAGAGAUAAAAGAAGAAGGAAAACAGAGAUGGGAGAGAAUCCCGUCUAGGAAUUUCUCAAAACCGUACCUGGAAAGACUAGAGGCGGAUAGAAGAAGGAAAAAUGAGAAGAAAGGCUCCAGGAAUCUAAACUGGGCCCCGAGCGAAAACUUUGCUGCCUCUACUCGUUGGAAAAACGAAGAGCAUAAAGAUUCCUCUUGGAGAAGCGAAACAAACCCUCCUUAUGAUUAUGACAUCAGAAGAGACCCCCAUAGGAGGCAUGGUUCUUCUCAAACAAACCGUGACCAACUUGGGAGACCUUCUGCUAGAGAGCGCUUAUCCUUCACUAAGGAAAGCGAGGCUGCUACUCAAAGAGAAAACCACUCCAAAAGCUACACAUCAGCACUAAGAACAUAA